CCUCCGAGGGUGCGACGCCCCCGGCGCGGCUGUGGCGCUAGCGAGCGGCCGGUUGGGCGCGGGGAGCUGGGCGCGCUGCUUCGGCUGGGCCCGCUGGCACGUUCUCCUCGCGCAAGCCGCCCGCUCAGCGGGAGAAGCUGCGCGCACGCCGAGCGCGGGACCCGGGGCCUCCGCGCUGCCCUCUCGCCGCCGCCCUCCGCGCUUCCUCCGGCGUCCGCGCCCCCGUUCCCAUCCCCCUCGCGCUUACCUCCCGGCUGCGCCGCGCGCGAGGCGGAGCGAGGCGCCCGCGGCCGCCGCCGCCGCCGCCGCCAAACUGAGGGGCCAGAGCCUGCGUCCGCGCCGCCGCUGACAGGAGGAUCGCCGCGGGUUGCGCUCGCCGGCCGGGAGGCCCCGCCGCGCCUUUCCCGGGCGUAGACCCACCGGGGGGCGUCCGAGGGCAGCUAGGUGCUCUGGGAAUCGCGGGCGGCCGCGGUCUUCACAGGAGACCCCGGGGGACUGGAGCUUGACCCCGAGGUGCAGCGAGUCCCUUAAAGCGGCAGUUUUGGUAGUACUAGAAUAGCACAACCAUGUUUCGGAAUAGUCUCAAGAUGCUUCUUACUGGUGGGAAAUCAAGUCGUAAAAACAGGUCAAGUGACGGAGGAAGCGAGGAACCACUGGAUCGAAGACAGUCAAGUGUAGAGUCUCGCCAAAGCCGCUCUGGGCAAGGUGGCAUCUCCACAGAAAGCGACUGUGCUUUUGAGCCAGACUACGCCGUUCCACCACUUCCAGUGAGUGAAGGUGAUGUUGAACAAGAACUUGGCCCCCCUCCAUCUGUAGAUGAGGCAGCAAACACACUCAUGACUCGUCUGGGUUUCCUUCUUGGAGAGAAAGUCACAGAAGUUCAGCCAGGUGACCAGUACAGUAUGGAAGUGCAGGAUGAAAAUCAGACCUCAGCAAUCACCCAGCGGAUAAGUCCCUGUUCCACCCUGACUAGCAGCACUGCCUCUCCACCAGCCAAUAGCCCCUGUUCCACGCUCCCGCCAGUCAGUACAAAUGCAACUGCCAAGGACUGCAGCUAUGGGGCUGUCACUAGUCCAACCUCCACCCUUGAAAGCAGAGAUAGUGGCAUCAUUGCUACAUUGACAAGCUAUUCUGAAAACAUGGAACGCACAAAAUACGUUGGGGAAUGCAGUAAAGAAUUAGGAUCUGGAGGAAACCUAAAACCUUGGCAAUCUCAAAAAUCCAGCAUGGACUCCUGUUUAUAUCGAGUAGAUGAGAACAUGACGGCUUCCACCUAUAGUCUGAAUAAGAUCCCAGAGAGGAAUUUGGAGACAGUUUUGUCACAGUCAGUACAGUCUAUUCCACUAUAUCUUAUGCCACGACCAAAUUCAGUAGCAGCUACCAGCUCUGCUCACUUGGAGGACCUUGCUUACCUGGAUGAGCAGAGACACACACCUUUGAGAACUUCGCUUCGAAUGCCAAGACAGAGCAUGGGAGGUGCUCGCACACAACAGGAUUUAAGAGUUCGCUUUGCACCUUAUAGGCCUCCAGAUAUCUCCCUGAAGCCUCUACUCUUUGAAGUGCCCAGCAUCACUACAGAGUCAGUAUUUGUUGGCCGGGAUUGGGUUUUCCAUGAAAUAGAUGCUCAACUGCAAAGUUCAAAUGCCAGUGUGAACCAAGGAGUGGUGAUCGUGGGAAACAUUGGGUUCGGCAAAACUGCCAUCAUCUCCAGAUUGGUUGCUUUCAGCUGCCACGGCACACGGAUGAGACAGAUUGCCUCAGACAGCCCACAUGCUUCCCCUAAACAUGUGGAUGCCAGCAGAGAGCUGCCACUCACACAGCCACCUGCAGCACACUCAUCUAUUACCAGUGGAAGCUGCCCAGGAACACCAGAAAUGCGCAGGCGGCAGGAAGAGGCUAUGCGGAGACUAGCCUCACAGGUAGUAGCCUAUCACUAUUGCCAAGCAGAUAAUGCCUACACCUGCCUUGUGCCGGAAUUUGUCCACAAUGUUGCUGCCUUGCUCUGCCGCUCGCCUCAGCUGGCAGCCUAUCGAGAGCAGCUUCUUCGGGAGCCUCACCUACAGAGCAUGCUGAGCCUUCGAUCCUGUGUUCAAGACCCCAUAGCCUCCUUCCGGAGGGGAGUCCUGGAGCCCCUGGAGAACCUCCACAAAGAGAGAAAAAUCCCAGAUGAAGAUUUCAUUAUCUUAAUUGAUGGAUUAAAUGAAGCAGAAUUUCACAAACCGGAUUAUGGGGAUACAAUUGUAUCAUUUCUGAGUAAAAUGAUUGGAAAAUUUCCUUCUUGGCUCAAACUAAUUGUAACAGUUAGAACCAGUUUACAGGAAAUUACCAAGCUGCUGCCUUUCCAUAGGAUUUUUUUGGAUCGACUAGAAGAGAAUGAAGCCAUAGAUCAGGACCUGCAGGCUUACAUCCUGCACCGGAUACACAGCAGCUCAGAAAUCCAGAAUAACAUUUCACUUAAUGGCAAAAUGGACAAUACUACAUUUGGAAAACUCAGUUCUCAUCUCAAGACCCUCAGUCAAGGGUCCUAUCUAUACCUGAAACUCACAUUUGACCUCAUAGAAAAAGGCUAUCUAGUAUUAAAGAGCUCUAGCUACAAAGUAGUUCCUGUUUCACUCUCAGAGGUUUAUUUACUCCAGUGCAAUAUGAAGUUUCCAACCCAGUCUUCCUUUGACCGGGUGAUGCCUCUCCUGAAUGUGGCUGUGGCCUCUCUCCACCCACUGACCGAUGAGCAUAUCUUCCAGGCCAUCAAUGCUGGCAGCAUUGAAGGCACACUAGAAUGGGAGGAUUUUCAGCAGAGAAUGGAGAACCUCUCCAUGUUUCUAAUCAAGCGCAGAGACAUGACUCGUAUGUUUGUACAUCCUUCUUUUCGAGAGUGGCUUAUCUGGAGAGAAGAAGGAGAGAAAACCAAAUUUCUCUGUGACCCCAGGAGUGGUCACACAUUACUUGCCUUCUGGUUUUCCCGCCAAGAGGGAAAACUAAACCGACAGCAGACUAUUGAACUGGGACAUCACAUCCUCAAAGCACACAUUUUCAAGGGUUUGAGUAAAAAAGUUGGUGUAUCAUCCUCCAUCCUCCAAGGUCUCUGGAUCUCCUACAGCACGGAAGGUCUGUCCAUGGCAUUGGCAUCUUUACGAAAUCUCUACACUCCAAAUAUAAAGGUCAGCCGAUUGCUGAUUUUGGGAGGUGCCAACAUCAAUUACCGGACAGAGGUUUUAAAUAAUGCGCCAAUUCUAUGUGUCCAGUCUCAUCUUGGUUACACAGAAAUGGUGGCCCUCCUUUUGGAGUUUGGGGCCAACGUAGAUGCCUCUUCUGAAAGCGGCCUGACACCUCUGGGUUAUGCUGCAGCAGCAGGAUACCUGAGUAUCGUUGUGCUGCUGUGCAAAAAACGGGCCAAGGUGGAUCACCUGGAUAAAAAUGGGCAGUGUGCUCUGGUCCAUGCUGCACUCCGAGGUCAUCUGGAGGUUGUAAAGUUUUUGAUUCAGUGUGACUGGACAAUGGCUGGCCAGCAGCAAGGAGUGUUUAAAAAGAGCCACGCCAUACAACAGGCUCUCAUUGCUGCAGCCAGCAUGGGUUACACUGAGAUUGUCUCCUACCUACUUGAUCUUCCAGAAAAAGAUGAAGAGGAAGUGGAGCGAGCACAGAUCAACAGCUUUGACAGUCUCUGGGGAGAGACAGCCCUGACAGCUGCAGCCGGAAGGGGCAAACUGGACGUAUGCCGUCUGCUCUUGGAACAAGGGGCGGCAGUAGCCCAGCCAAACCGCCGAGGGGCAGUGCCCUUAUUCAGCACUGUUCGCCAAGGCCACUGGCAGAUCGUUGAUCUUUUACUCACCCAUGGAGCUGACGUCAACAUGGCAGACAAGCAGGGCCGUACUCCUCUGAUGAUGGCCGCUUCUGAAGGCCAUCUAGACACUGUGGACUUUCUCCUUGCCCAAGGUGCCUCCAUUGCUCUCAUGGACAAAGAGGGAUUGACAGCCCUCAGCUGGGCUUGUUUGAAGGGUCAUCUCCCAGUAGUACGCUCUCUGGUGGAUAAUGGAGCUGCUACAGACCAUGCUGACAAGAAUGGCCGCACCCCACUGGAUCUGGCAGCUUUCUAUGGUGAUGCUGAGGUGGUCCAGUUCCUGGUGGAUCAUGGGGCCAUGAUCGAGCAUGUUGACUACAGCGGAAUGCGCCCUCUGGAUAGGGCAGUGGGGUGCCGGAACACUUCUGUUGUUGUCACCCUUCUGAAGAAAGGAGCCAAGAUAGGUCCAGCCACAUGGGCGAUGGCCACCUCCAAGCCAGACAUCAUGAUCAUCCUGUUGAGCAAAGCUUGGAAGAGGGGGGACAUGUUUUAUAAGAAAGGUAAAGUAAAGGAAGCUGCCCAGCGCUACCAGUACGCUCUGAAGAAAUUCCCUAGAGAAGGGUUUGGUGAAGACUUGAAAAACCUUCCGGGAACUAAGGUGUCUCUCCUCCUCAACCUCUCUCGAUGUCGCAGGAAAAUGAAUGUAAAAGGGCUAGAAGAAGAAUUUGCUUCUAAGGCCUUGGAGCUGAAACAAUCUUAUGAAGCUUACUAUGCAAGAGCAAGGGCAAACGCGUCAAGCAGACAGUUUACAGCAGCCUUCGAGGACCUGAAUGAGGCCAUCAAGCUAUGUCCAAACAACCGUGAGAUCCAGAGACUUCUGAUGAGAGUGGAGGAAGAGUGUCGACAAAUGCAACCGCGCCCGCAGCAGCCGCAGCCACAGCCUCAGCAGCAGUGGUCCAGAAGAAACAGAAACCUGAAUCACAGCAUGAAAGAUAUAUACUCUGUACAAGAUAUUUUUGAGGAGGAGUACCUGGAACAGGAUGUUGAAAAUGUUUCCAUUGGCCUCCAGACUGAGGCUCGGCCCAGUCAGGGGCUCCCAGUAAUCCAGAGCCCACCUUCUUCUCCAGCCCAUCGGGAUUCAGCCUACAUCUCUAGCUCACCUCUUGGCUCUCAUCAGGUUUUUGACUUCCGGUCCAGUAGUUCAGUAGGUUCUCCCACUAGGCAGAGCUAUCAGUCCACCUCACCUGCUCUUUCUCCAACUCACCAGAACUCUCAUUACAGGCCUAGUCCACCACAUACUUCCCCAGCUCACCAGAGUGGAUCUUACCGGUUUAGCCCUCCGCCUGUGGGAGGGCAGAACAAAGAAUACCCAAGCCCUCCCCCUUCCCCUCUCCGUAGAGGCCCUCAGUAUCGGGCCAGCCCUCCAGCUGAAAGCAUGAGUGUCUAUAGAUCCCAGUCUGGUUCACCUGUGCGAUAUCAGCAAGAAACAAAUGUAAGUCAGCUUCCUGUAGACCAAAAAUCUCCAUUAUCCAAAAUGGCUCAGCGCCCUACCAGAUGCCCUCAGCUUCCCGUAGCAGUUCCCCAGCAAGGGCUCAGACUACAACCUGCCAAGGCACAGAUUGUGAGAAGCAACCAGCCCAGCUCAGCAGUUCAUUCAAGCACUGAUCCCACAGGGGCCUAUGGCCAAGUAGCUCAUUCAAUGGCUAGUAAAUACCAGUCUUCACAAGGAGAUAUAGGGAGUAAGUCAAGCCGGUUAGUUUAUCAGGGAUCAAUUGGGGGAAUUGUAGGAGAUGGGAGACCUGUGCAACAUGUCCAAGCCAAGCCUGAGUGCGGUGCCAUCUGUCAGCAUGGAGGAUUGACCAAAGAAGAUCUUCCACAGCGACCUUCCUCAGCAUAUCGAGGUGGCAUGAGAUACAGCCAGACACCACAGAUUGGACGUAGCCAAUCAGCAUCUUAUUAUCCAGUCUGUCACUCAAAACUAGAUCUGGAGCGUUCCUCCAGUCAACUAGGUUCCCCCGAUGUGUCACAUUUAAUCAGAAGACCUAUCGGUAUCAACCCUAAUGAAAUCAAACCCCACCCACCAACUCCCAGGCCAUUACUGCACUCCCAAAGUGUAGGCCUUCGCUUCUCUCCAUCUAGCAAUAGUAUCUCAUCCACUUCCAACCUAACUCCUACCUUCCGGCCAUCUUCCUCAAUCCAGCAGAUGGAGAUCCCACUAAAACCGGCAUAUGAUAGAUCAUGUGAUGAGCUGUCACCAGUGUCUCCCACUCAGGGAGGUUAUCCUAGUGAGCCCACCCGUUCCAGGACCACACCAUUCAUGGGGAUCAUAGAUAAAACAGCCCGGACUCAACAGCACCCCCACCUUCACCAGCAGAAUCGGACCUGGGCAGUAUCAUCAGUGGAUACCGUUAUCAGUCCCACAUCUCCAGGAAACCUGCCCCAACCUGAGUCCUUUAGUCCACCGUCAUCCAUCAGCAACAUUGCCUUUUAUAACAAAACCAACAAUGCACAGAAUGGCCAUUUGCUGGAGGACGAUUAUUACAGCCCCCAUGGGGUGCUGGCUAAUGGGUCCCGUGGAGACCUCUUGGAGAGAGUCAGCCAGGCCUCCUCCUAUCCCGAUGUGAAGGUGGCUCGGACCCUACCUGUGGCUCAGGCAUACCAGGACAACCUGUACAGGCAGUUGUCCCGGGACUCUCGACAAGGGCAGACAUCCCCUAUCAAACCAAAGAGACCAUUUGUGGAAUCUAAUGUUUAAAAGACGUUUGUUGGAGUGAGGCCCGGAUGUUUUCACUGCACAUUUUCAGGCUUGAUUUCCACAUUUGAGGUAGCUCUCUGGCUUAAUUUCUCAUGUAGUUUCUGUGUGGUGUUCAGAGGUGGCAGCCCACAUGCUGAAAUCCUUUGCAUGCAGUUGACUGGGUAGCCUCCAGAGAGCCAGGACUUCAGUUUCUCUUGUCUGUGCCCCAGCCACAUGCUCUCUCCUCUCUUCAGAUGCCAACAAGGGGGUCUUCUUGCGGUGUGCUUUAACCCAGGGAGAUCAGACACACUGGUCAGCUUUCUCCAGGAGACAAUCGUUUUCACUCAUGUCCUUGCUGUGUAAAUGUCUUUCUCCCUUAAAAAGAAAAAAAAAAUAAGGCGUUCUUGUUGUUUUCUUCUAGGAACUGUAGACAGAGCACGAGCCCCUUGCCUUUACAUUCUUAUCCAGUGUUCUCCAGAUAGCCAGCCCAGUGCAUUCCUGUGCCAGUGAUCUCCACCCCUGGACUAGCAGCUCCCUGCAGUCCUCAGGUCUCAAUGGUGGUUUAGGUUAUUGCUCGUCUUCAUGUGGGGAUCAAAAGAUAGAAAAGAGAGAGAGAGAGAGAGAAUGAGUGUUAAACUGGAAGGAGAAAAUACAAUUGGUUGAAAUGUUACUCCAUUGAUUUCCCAAGAGGUAUUUUAGAAACAUUUAGAAAACAGCCAGCCCUUUAAAUAUUUCAGUCAGCCAAAGAUACCGGAUAGUAAUUAUGGAUAUUUUUAAAGAAUUCCCUGAGAGUUAUUCUCUAGGUUUUUAGCCAACAAGGAACCACUAAAAGCUACUGGUUUUCUAGGAAGAUUGUUCUGGAUUCUUAAUGAAAGACUGUAGAAAAUCUUUAUCUUGGCAAAAUCUGCUUUUGAGGUCCUUUUUUGAUAUAUCAGUUGAUAUAUCAUCAUAUUCCACCAAAAGCAAACUCUUCCUGAAGGUUGGCUGGUGCAGUGAUCCUGUUAGUUGGGUCUUCACCUAGAGCCAGAUUUUGCUCUAGUGGCCCUCUUUUUAAAAACCUGUAUGGUCUAGUGAAGAAUUGAUUCUUUGAGAAGCAAAUUGGAUUCUCUUGGAACCAUAAGACUGAUUCCCAGAAUUUCCCCCAGGUCAUUGCCGAACUUACCAGUCAUGGUCUAAAUUCCAUUUCCGAAUCUAUAUUUCUUCAUUAUCUAUUAUUACAGGAAUUGUGUCUUUUUUUCCUCUUCUAGGAGAGUUUGUUGAGGGGGGAGGAAGUAAUAUAUGAAAACCAGACAUAGCAAAAAGCAUUUCAGGAUGAAGAAGGACCACUUUCAGCCCUGUUUUUGAGUCCUGGGUGACGGCACAUGAGAUAGACAACAGGUUUUCUGAUCUAGUCACUCUACACAUUUUCUAUUCCUUAUGGCCAUUUGCUACCCUUAUCUUUGAGUCACUGCAGCCAGCAUUAGAUGGAUGGCAAGAAACUGAAACCAAAGCCUCAGCACAGGCCUGGUACUAAUUGCACAUCAACUCUUAAAACUAAACAAAGGAGAAUUUGUUCUCUGUUGUUAGGGAUCAUUCUACUCUUGUUGUAAAGGUCUCCAGGAAGGGCAGUUUUUUGAAUAAAAAUCCAGAUGUGGCUGGACCUGUUUGUAAUAGUUAAGUACCUCUGAAAAGAUCCCUAAGACAUGGGGAACGUGCAGCUGAGAUGAGAAACAUUUCCAAUUUAGAUUCUCUCAAAUAGAUGAACCCCUCUGGCCCCAAGCCUGGAAAAGGCCAGGGCUUGUCUCUUUGUACUGGAAAAAGUGUGCUGACUCAAGCUCCAGACUCCGUGUUCUCUCUCUCUCGCCGUGGAGAUGAAAGGAACAGCUAUAGAACUAGCCUGUAGCCAGGAGCCCAGCAGCCUCUCAGCUCUCCUCUGGGACAGGGUUCAACGCUGUUGAUCUCCUUUCCUCUUAUCCCUUUAACCACCUUCUGUCACUGAAGAGCUGCUAUAUUUUGAAGAAUUUCUCAGUGUCCUUAGAAAAGUGCCCCUGCUCAUUUGGAACACCCCACAUCCCACCUGCACCCACCUGUAUUGGUAGGUGAACAAUUCAGUACUUUUGCAAAUAUACCACUGAUAUCACUCCUCCCAGGAGAUCUUUUUCAGUUUUCUAGGACACAUAGGAGAUUUAGGGUCUAUGCCUUAUUGGGCAAAACAUCUGAAAUGUCAACAGUCAAAAUGCAUUUCUUUUUUAGCCAUUGUAGAAAGGAGUGAAAUGUCACUACUGGGCGCCAGUUGUUUUUGAGUAGAAAAUACCAGCUGGACCCUUAUUUGGGCAGGAGAUGAAGUUUUUCCUUGUAAGUAGACUGCCUGUGCCCUGUUUUGCUACUUCACUGCCAUGGGAUGAUCUUAGUACUGUAUUUUAGAGAUGUCCCCCUUCUCCAGCAACUCUUGUGAAUCAAUGUUCGACUCCAGGUGGGGAGAAAUUUUUCAAAUGAAACUGGUAAGUUCCACUCACCCAAUUCACAUCACAUGGAAAUGGAGACAGUGGUGACAAACCUCAGCUUAUAGGUUUCUCACCAAAUUGUAUGUUCUCUUUGCCCAGAAUUCUCACACUACUGGGUUUCCAUCACAUCAUGUCUAUAAAUGGGUGCACUUUACUGUUUGAAUUUGUAACUCUGAUAAAUACUGGAUAUUUAAGUGUGAGUAAUGUCUUCAUUAGAAAAUAGCAGAACCACUCUUGUCUUUUAGUGUAUUUUUCAAGGAAAAAAAAAGAGGGAAAAAGGAAAGAAAUCAAGCAGUGGAUCACAACAUUUAUAGCACAAGAAAUAACUGUUGUAUAUAAGCAUCAAAAAGAUUAAGAAUUUUUAAAUACAAAAAAAAAAUUUGCAGUGAUUUUAAAGUGCUUUUCCAGCAAUUUUCUUAGGGACUCCUGAGACAUGGUUACUUUAUUUACUGGAUCAGUAAGGCACAUAAAUAACAAUUAAAAAUCAAUAUUUAUUUACAAAGUAAAGGGAAAACCUGUGUAACAUGAGAAUUUGGCAUGGACAAAAUGGAGACCAUUUUGUAUCUGCUGUUGUAUCUUGUCCGGGUUGCAGACGUGCACUAUUAAAGUCCCAAGUUAAUAGAGCACAAACCCUUCUUGUUCCUCUCCCAUGUGCCCCUCUUUUUAGAUGUGUUUAACUUAAACUUGAUGGCUCAGGAAAAUUCCACUAAUUAGAAUCAUGUACAGUACCCCAGGUUGUUGUCCAGAUAUACAAGUUUGCUAUUUAGUUAAGCCUGGAUUAUUAAACAGUUUUCCUAAAUUAUUGUAAACAGAACAGCUUAGAGAAAGGUAUUCUCAGUCCUUAUAUUGUAUAAUAGUUUAUGAAACCCUCUCUAAAUAUUGGUAUUUUUAUAUUCCAGAGAUGUACCCAAUAGAAAAAUUAAUCAAUAUAUAAUUUAAUAUCCAUAAGUAUUUUCCCUUAGAGUUUAGUCAUGCCCAGUGGGAUGUCUGGACAUCAGCUGUGCUUCACCAUACUUUACCACUAGGUGUCACUGUGGCUGGGUACCAGGCUUGUCUUGUAGCAAAGAAUGGCAACAUCUCUGGAGAAGCCGCUCCCAGGGCAGCAGGCAGGCCCAUAGACGCAGAGGGCUCAGGAAGAAAAGGACAAAGGCCUGGAAGGGUCCUCACUCGUCUGUGCCAGUUGUGGCAAGACAAGCUCUUUGAGCACUACCUGCUUUGGGCCUUGAGCCAGGCAGAGGCUGGGAGACGGUGGAAAAGAACUCCCAUGCUCUGGUGGAUGGAUGGAUGGGAGCCCUUUCUUUCCCCAUGAGCACUCCUCCUGUCAGUUCCUCUCAGCCUCCAACUUUUAUAACCCCAGAGGUGUCACAGUUGGGUGGUUUGAGACAAAGAAAGUUAUUUUUCUACUACAGCAAUGCCUUGGACAAAACCAGUUGCUCACUGAAUCUUUGCCACAAAAUGGAACAGGUGCCCCAAGUGGGCAGGAUGUGCCCACCCCUGUGCCCAGUCUCCUGUCGAGGUUCCUAGUGCUCAGCAGCCUCGCUCAUGCUGCCUGUCUAUUCUUGCGCUGCCCACUUCUCAAGAAGCCAAACUGCACAGGCAGCCUGCUGCUGCUUCCACAGCGAGGGCGGUGCUGCCCCACGUUGCAUGCUCGUUGGGAGGUGUGGCUUUUCCUCCUUUUCCUCUAGGAAUUCCAGACUGAUCAUCUACCAUGACUAACAACAUUGAACAAAGGGCUUAGGGGUAAGAGCUACCUACAAAAGACGUGUCAUGGAAACUUUCACCAUGCAAUGCCUUGAACUCAGCUCUGGCUGCUCCCAAGAAAAGAUGGCUGGCUGGGGGCUGGACACAAGCACAAUGGGGAUGGUGGAGCCACUGUGCAGAGCUACUUGAAUAAUCACUGGGUCUACAUCAACUCCUUUUAUAAUACAGACCACUCAAGGGCUGACGUAUUGGUAACCUUCAUUUCGGUGUCCAAUGCCUCACAGCAGCUGAACCACCCUGAGAUGCUUGUGGCCACAUGAUGACCAAAGUCAGAGCUUUGAAAGUACCAAAUGAAUGCAUAAUUGGACACCAAAAAUCAAGUGUUACUUUCAUGUUUCCUCACCCAUGUUAUCUCAUUUCUUCCUGCUGACUCUCUUGUGAUAUCUACACUAAGCUGACCUGUCAGGUUUUUGUUGGAUGCAUAGAGUUGCAGGCUGACAUCGCUCUCAUUUUUCAGUUAGACCUACUCUAUGGAAAGGAAGCAGUCUAGCUGCUUUGUUUUUGUAGCACUUGCUGGCUGAAUUCUUCUUUUGCAAAUCACUAACCAGAAAAUCUGGUUAGGGGGACUCAACUCAAUCCCUUCAGUCCCCCAGACCAGAGAGAGUUAAUUCUGGAAAAUUUCAGUACUUGAAUGUACCUGCCUUAUUGUGUACCAAUUUACUAGAAAAAAAAUUAGAAAUGCCGGCUUCAGAUCUCCACUUCAUUCACAGGUUACUUUGGAAAUCCUGUAAAUUACACUUCCUGUUCUGUUUGUUUUCUUGUUAUUUUUUUCCUUCGGCUGAUUCCUGCUUAGUGGGGCCAGUUCCUUGUCAGGCUCAGGGCAGGUGCCAUUCUCAGGCAUGGCCUCCUUUCCAUUCUAGCACAGCAUCUUUGUCUCUGUUCUGUCUCCUCCAAAUCCAAGAUGAUUUUAAUUAGUGCAAACAUGUACAGUCUACAAUUAAAGAGUGAUUUGUACUAAUAUGAUUUUGAUUCUUCCUCCUCUUUGCUGUCCUUUCAAGACACUUGCUGGAAAAAGCUUUAAUGCACUUAGUUUUCCUUUAGAUUUUCUAUAACUCAGAUGUAAAGGACUUUCUCUGUACAGUAUAUUAUUCAAUGCAUGUUUGUUCUCUAUCCUGAUAUAUUGAACACCACACAGUUGUGAACUUGUGCAGUGGGGAUGUCCCACAUCCAAGAGAGGCAUCUAGCCCCCUGUGUAUAAGGAAAGACUUUUUCCUUUGCUGUAUUUGCUUGAGCAGUUUUAUUGUCUGUAUAUGUGAGCUGUGUGAGAUAGAUGUGAAAAGUUCAAAUGAAUGCAUUUUCCUGCCCCAUGUAUACAGAUUGUCAUCUGUACAAUGAACUGUAUGUAUGAAAGCAAAUGUACUUAUUUAUAAAUGGUUAACACUUGGAAAAACAUGGCCUUGGUGGUGCUUUCCUCCUUCAAUGGUAAUACCUCUCCAGGAAGCUGAAUCUCAAGGUCACCCUCUCUGAGGCCUGCCAUGCUGAGGAAGCCUCUUCCCAGGCAGGUUAAGGCUAAGGCUGGAUAAUUUGGCUGGUCUGUUGUGGGACAUUCAGAGUCACACCUUCAUGCAUGUAUUCAUGCAGUAGUCGUCAGAUACCUCCUUGGGGUUGGACACUGUGAUGGGUGCUCAAGAGAGCUGUGGGUGAGGAAGGACACGGUCCUAAGCUCCUAUCACUGAAGGCUCACUGCAUCACAGAAAGGGAGGCUUUCUCUUCAGUGGAAGUUUUUUUCUUCAGCCAUACCAAGAGAGCUCUGCAGUCUUCUUGUUUCAUUCGAUGGCUGAAGCCACCUUACCAAAAAUUCAAGGCUGAAGUGGCUGCCAGUUAGCUGAGCAGGGUAGGUGGGAAACAGCCUCGGCUGUAGAUCCAAAGGCUAACUUGGUCAAAGCCAGAGGCCCACCACUGCUUCCAGCAUCUUUAUUUUUCCCUCAGAAACCUAAUUGGGCCUUCCAGUCCUCAUGACAUGAGAGCUAGAUAGCUGAGUUGCGAAUGUAGAGAUGCAGGUUCC